AUGGGCAGUAUUUUAAGUGGAUCAUCAUCAAAAAGAUCUGAAGAAAAAAAAAAGAAAUGGAAGAAAGGAAAAAAAAAAGAAUUAUAUCAAAUGGAAACAUCACCUAAAGUUAAUCAAUAUAUUGUUCAAAAUAAUAAUGAACAAAACAGUUUAGAUAGAAAUAUGAUUAAAACUUACGAAAAUUGGAAUAAACAAAUCGAUCAACAACAGAUGACAAAUUUUAAUGACCCACCGGGUGCACCAGUCACUUAUUCAACUAAUUAUCCAAAUAUUCAAAAUGAUCUAAUGAAUCAAUCAUGGUCAUCACAUCAUGAUGUUAACAAUCAAUAUUAUCAAAUGACAACACCAUCGAAUAUGUCAUAUGAUCCUAAUCAAUAUAUUCACGCUCAAAUGCCGAGUACAUCUAUUAGUCAAGUUCAACAAGUUAUUCCUGAAGAACGAUCAUCAAAACAAGUACAAUUUUCUCGUCCUACUCAACAAGGAGCAUUACCUAACAAUCUCUCAACUAAUACUCAAUCUAGGUAUGAUCAAAGUAUUACAACUAAUGAUUUAUCGGUUUCUAUACCACGACAAGACAUAUCAUUAAAUAAACAACCUAUGCAACGAUCACAUUUACCUACAUCGAAUACAUCAUUAACUCAAACAACUGUAGAAAAACCUAUUUAUGUUGGUAUUGAUCAUAAAGCAACCUUGGCCGAACGUGGUCAAAAAACUGCUAAUAAACGUCAACGCAAAGAUAAUGAUAAAAAUAACUCUGAACAAAUAAAUUCUUCUACAAGCAAUCAUAAGACACGUUCUCAUACACAUCAUCAACAUAAAUAUCCAGAAUCAAAUGAUUUAUCGACUUCUCAAGUCAAUACACAAUCAAAUAAAACUGUACAACCUUUACAAGCUAAACUAUCUGGUACACAUCGUUCAUUAACAACAACAUCAACAUCAACAGUUAUACCAAAUAAAUCAAUACAGAAUAAUGAACAAUCUAUAUUUAAUGAAAAUGAUGUGCAGGUAUCAAAAAAAAGACGAAAUCGUCAAUCCCAAUUACAACAUUUAGAACAACAAUCAUAUGUUGAUAAUGAUACAAAACAAUCAAGAAAUAAAAGAAAUCAUGGACAAGAAAAACAACAAUCAUAUGUAUCUAAUAAUCAAAAUAAUUCGCCUUUAAUAACAGAACCAACACGACGAAAUGAAAAUAAAUAUAAUAGUGCACCAGUCAUAAAAGCUCCUUUAUCACCAAAACGACCGCAACAACGACAAAGAUCAUCAGCAAUGCCUUCUACAGGAAGUACUACAACAAAUGUUACUCGAACACGUGUAUAA